GCUUGGCCCGCCGGCAUGGCCGCGGCGGCGGCGGCGCUGGCGCUGGGUGGGGGGGUGCUGCUGGCUGCCUGGCGCUGGCUGCGGGCCGCGGGCCGGGCCGCGGCCGGGGCCGGGGCCUCCAUGCGGGGCAAGACGGUGAUCAUCACGGGGGCCAACAGCGGGCUGGGCCGGGCGGCGGCGGCCGAGCUGCUGCGGAUGCAGGCCCGCGUCAUCAUGGGUUGCCGCGACCGGGCGCGGGCCGAGCGGGCGGCCCGGGAGAUCCGGGCCGAGCUCGGUGAGGGGGCGGAGGCCGAGGGCGGAGGCGAGCUGGUGGUCCGGGAGCUGGACCUGGCCUCGCUGCGCUCCGUCCGCGCCUUCUGCCACCGCGUCCUCCAGGAAGAGCCAAGGCUGGAUGUUCUGAUAAAUAAUGCAGGGGUAUUCCAGUGUCCGUACAUGAAGACAGAGGAUGGUUUUGAGAUGCAAUUUGGUGUUAACCACUUGGGUCACUUCUUGCUCACCAACCUUCUUCUGGGUCUCCUCAAAAAUUCUGCUCCGAGCAGGAUUGUUGUAGUAUCCUCAAAGCUUUACAAAUAUGGAGAGAUCAACUUUGAAGACUUGAACAGUGAAAUAAGUUACAAUAAAAGCUUUUGUUAUAGUCGGAGUAAACUGGCUAACAUAUUAUUUGCAAGGGAGCUAGCCCGUCGGUUAGAAGGGACAGGAGUCACCGUCAAUUCACUUCAUCCUGGGAUUGUCAGAACAAAUCUAGGCAGAUACGUGAAUAUUCCUUUGCUGGCAAAACCCCUAUUCAACUUGGUGUCAUGGGCUUUCUUCAAAACACCUCUGGAAGGAGCCCAGACUACUAUAUUUUUGGCCUCUUCUCAUGAUGUUGAAGGUGUGUCAGGAAAAUAUUUUGGGGACUGCAAAGAGGAAGAGCUCCUGCCCAAAGCCAUGGAUGACUUGGUUGCAAGAAAAUUGUGGGAUAUCAGUGAAGUGAUGGUUGGCUUAUUGAAAUGAGUGCCAGGGAGUAUCUGCAAAAAAAAAAUUGCAGAUAACUAUGCAAUGCAUAUUUGCAACAGUGUAAUUGUCACUUUAAAUGCUGUGGGAGUACAGAUUAUUUUGUUCAAUAAGUAUUAAAUAACAGUGAUUUCUGCUGGAGCUCUGUUUUGAAAUAAAGGACAAUAUUAAAUAGAGGCGUUCAAAGAAAGUCUGCAAUAUGAGUUUGAGGGUGUGAAUAAUUUCUGGUUAAAUCUGCUUGGAAACUCAUGUUUUACAAAUAAAAAUUAAACAAAACUGUUUUGCAAUAUAUAUGCAUAUUUGCCAUGUUCCUUCUAGUCGGGCUAGACAAUGCAGGUGAAAUGCAGGUGACGGUGAAACACUUCUGUAAUAAGAUUUUGAACAUAGGUCCUAAUAAUAAUAGGAUUGUUGUCUUUUUUGAGCCAUCAUAAUGAAAAAUGGAAUAAACAGUUUUACUGUUAUCUUACACUGUAAUCAUUUAGGCCUUUGCGUGCCAUUCAAAGACUUGUUGUCAGGCCCGUGGUUCAGUGAACAAGACUAUUGAGCUGUAUACAGUUUAGCUGUGAAGCACAAAGUCAACUUUUUUUUAGUGAUUCAAUGAGUAAUAUACUUGGUUGUGCAAGCUGUGCAAAAUUUUUACUUUCUUGUGUGCUGAACUUGCUAUUUCUUGAUAUGCAGAUACCUUGGGUUUCAUCAAUAUUGCAGUUGACAGAUGUAUUAUGGUCUUGAUUGGGCUUUGCAUGUCAUGAGUUGUGUGCAUACAAAGUUCAUAAGACCUCACCCAGAUUAGACCGGAGAGAAUAUGCUUUUCAGUGUGUGUUUGGCUUGACUGAUGGCACUUGAACUCAGUAAUGAGAUCAGAUAAGUCUGUGUAAUACAGCUUGCUGAAUAUUCUGUAAUAAAAAUCUUUUUUAAAAAGGCA